ACUUAGUGAAAAGUCCUAGUAGUGGUAUCACUCACGAGUCGAUGAAGGCUUUUAAAUCAUUGGAUUCAUACAACUUUUUUUUAUGUGGUCAUGUACAAGACGUCUAUUAUCAUAACAUUGAUGCAAAAAGCGAAUUUUGUUACAUUAAAACAGAGGUUUUACCAAGUCAAAGACAAGGCCAAAAACAAAAACUAUAUGAAGUAUGGGUUGCAUUACAUAAGAAGGGUGGCUGGGUCCUUACUGCAAACUGCACAUGCAUGGCCGGCAUGCAGCCAUGUUGGGGCUCUAUUAUUUAAGAUGCAAGCCGGUGCAUUAUUAGGAAUAAACAAAAUUGCAUGUACAAGUAAACUUUGCGCUUGGAAACGCUCUAGACGAUUCGCAGAACCAGCUCUUAUGACUGAGAUAGACUUCAGCAGACCAAAGCAGAAGCAAACAGUACCCAAAGAAAAAAAAGUUGUGUCGGAUAGAAUGAAGAAGCCUAUUUCUUUCAGGGAUCCCACACAUUUAAAUAAUGAGUUUCAUAAACAAAAAUUAAAAGAACUUUAUACAGUAAAUCCAGAUGCUGCAAUUCUUACUAGCCUAUACGACAAUGAUCCAGAAGAUUUUACAGUUACCAAUAGUGAAACUGACACUGCUGACGAAACCGAAUUAAAUAGCAUUCCUGAACCUUUGACAAGCCUUUUUAAGCCACAAUUAAUUUCACACAUUCGUAGAAAUGUGUGA